CCGCACAUUUUUUUGAUGAGUUGACCAGCAAAAUUCCACCUUCGCCAGGAGCAAUAUUCUUUGACACCGAUUUUUUGUUACCAGAUAUAUCAUUAGAUCCCUCAGCAAUUCACUAUUGUCAUGCCAUAUGGCUGAGCGGUGCCGUUGAUGGGGGUUCAUUGGCUGAUAAGUCAACAUUAAUAACUCCUGAAGAUUCUCGUUCUCCAUUGCCAUGUGCAUUGACUUUUAUUGUCUCCACUUUUUUUGUUAAGUUUUUAUCGUCUCACCACCUGGAAUCAGUUUGA